AUGGGAAAACGUUAUUAUUGUAGUCUCUGGUAUAAGCAGCAGAAUGAUCCUGUUGUCUUGAAAGCAGAUACAUCAGAGAUUUGGGUGCAGCAGUGGAAUAGUCAUCCAGCUCCUGACCUGUAUCACACAUACCUCUUCACUUGCCCCAUUCCAGAAGGAGUGCGAAAAGGUGGUGCCUAUCCAGAUUAUGUCUCACUUUCUGCACAACCCUGUAAUAAUGUAACGACCAUGGUACCCAUUCACAGAGAGGGCAUUUUGAAGAAUCAGUUAAAAAAGAAAGGCAAGUAUGCUGUAUGUGUAAAAGGGAUGGACUUCAGAAAAGAUAUAUCACAUAGACUAAUAGAAUGGCUAGAACUUCUUUUCAUAUUGGGUGCAGAAAAAGUUUUCUUUUAUAAAUACUCAGUCCAUCCAAAUAUAGAUAAAGUGUUGAAUUACUAUACGAAACAAGGGAAAGUGGUUGUCUUACAUUCUAACACUGCCAGGAGACCAGCCCAAUGAACCUCAAUUACGUUCUCUGUACUUGAAGAGAGAUGUGUGGCAGAAGAGGAGAAAUGAAAUUGUACCAUAUAAUGAUUGUUUAUAUAGAAACAUGUAUUUGUAUGAAUACAUAGUUCCUCUUGA